AUGAGUGUGUACCAUAGUGGGCCUCCACACCAGGGCCUCCACACCAGGGCCUCCACACCAGGGCCUCCACACCAGGGCCUCCACACCAGGACCUCCACACCAGGGCCUCCACACCAGGGCCUCCACACCAGGGCCUCCACACCAGGGCCUCCACACCAGGACCUCCACACCAGGUCCUCCACACCAGGGCCUCCACACCAGGACCUCCACACCAGGGCCUCCACACCAGGACCUCCACACCAGGACCUCCACACCAGGACCUCCACACCAGGACCUCCACACCAGGGCCUCCACACCAGGGCCUCCACACCAGGACCUCCACACCAGGGCCUCCACACCAGGACCUCCACACCAGGACCUCCACACCAGGACCUCCACACCAGGGCCUCCACACCAGGGCCUCCACACCAGGGCCUCCACACCAGGGCCUCCACACCAGGGCCUCCACACCAGGACCUCCACACCAGGACCUCCACACCAGGACCUCCACACCAGGGCCUCCACACCAGGGCCUCCACACCAGGGCCUCUACACCAGGACCUCUACACCAGGGCCUCCACACCAGGACCUCCACACCAGGACCUCCACACCAGGACCUCUACACCAGGGCCUCCACACCAGGACCUCUACACCAGGACCUCUACACCAGGACCUCCACACCAGGACCUCCACACCAGGGCCUCCACACCAGGACCUCCACACCAGGACCUCCACACCAGGACCUCUACACCAGGACCUCCACACCAGGACCUCCACACCAGGGCCUCCACACCAGGGCCUCCACACCAGGGCCUCCACACCAGGGCCUCCACACCAGGGCCUCCACACCAUCAAGAAGAGCCACCAUCAAAGACUGCCUCACACUGUGGUUUGAUUCGAAAAAAACGAAAAGAAACAUUUAUAGCAUCGAUAUCCCAGUCGAUCUAUAUUCUUAGUGUUAAAGUGUUAUUUGGAGAUGAUUUAGGAUUUGAUUACAAUGACUAUUUCCAGUAUGAUUAUAUUAUUAAAUAUAAUAAACACGCGUUACAUAAAAAGUGUUUUGGUUUCUGA